AAACUGAGAAUACUGAAAAUACUAAUAGAGGAGCUUUGGUUUUUUUAGAAAUCUAAGUUCGGAUUGGAUCUGAUUUUCGUACGUAAGUAACGAUGCCUUUAGAUAUCUUUUGGGAAACCGUAGUACUGGUUCUAUAAUAAUGUAAUUAAUUAUAUCUGAACAACAUAAACAAGUAUAGCUACGUCUUGCUUUCCAUUCGAUUUUUACCGAAUAUCUAAAUCGAUACUUUACCCAGUUUAUGAUUUUUUAAGAAAUGUUCUUGUUUCAGGUUCAUUUAAAUGCGUAAAAAUAACCGUAUUUACAGAAUUUUAAUUUUGACAUUGACAUUUCAUAUAACCUCAAAUCUUAUAAUAAACAAUAUGUCAUUAGCACAUUACACUCUGAGAUAAGGUUAAGUAAAAACACAUUAAAUUAAGUAUAGACAUAAAAUGGGUGGUAAGAAAAAAAACAAGAGCAAAAACAAAAGUCAAGAUAUAGAUGGAAAAGCUAUUUACAACGAGGACGUAAAUACAGAAAAAAACAAUGUCCAAGUUGAUGAUAUUGAAGAUAACAGAGAUGUAGAAAAGCAAUCACAAAAAAGAAAACAUGUUAAUAGCGAAACUAAUGAUGAAAAUUUGGAUACAGACCUUAGACAAAAAAGAUCGAAAAAAAAGAAAAUGCCCCAACCAACAGAAUCUUCAGAUAAGAAAAACAAAAAGUCUAUACGCCAAAUGAAAAAAGAAAAGCAUGCCGAAAGGCAAGCUGCAGCGGAGGCACAAGCUAAAGGUCAGCUAAAAUCACAAUGCCUUAAUUAUUUAUCACAGUGGAAACAUGAUAAAUCAAACUGGAAAUUUAUGAAAGCAAAACAAGUUUGGCUUUUUAAGAAUAAGUUUUCUCAAAACUUAGUACCAGAUGCCUCAUGGCCAAUACUACUUGAGUAUUUUGAAUCUGCAAAAGGUAAUAUAAGAAAUAUGCUGUUGGCUGAUGCAAAUAAAGUUAUUAAGGAAAUGGAUGAUUGGACAGAAUCACAAAACAAUGAAGAGAACAAUACUGAAACUGAAGACUCGGAGAAUGCAGCUGUAAAGAAGCCUGAAGAUAUUGUUUAUAAAAGAGCUAGGAGUUUAAUACAAUGCCUAGAAGAAUAGUCAACUUUGUUUUAUUUUAAUUUAUUCCACCAACUACAUAGAUAUUUCAACAACAAGUACAACAACUAAUUUAUGCCUUAACUUUGGCU